AUGGUCCGCAUCAGUGCCCUCACUCUUCUGGCUUUCGCCGUCUCCGCCUUGGCUGCGCCCCAGGCUCCUGCUGAGAGCGGCGCGCCCGAGCAGGUUCUCGACUUGGCCGGAAAUCCGGUCUCUGCGGAAAAGGCGAAAGAGCUCCAGGGCAUGGAUGGCCAGCUCGCGAAGGUGGACGAGCAGCUGUUUGGGUCCUUCAGCCAGGAGCAGAAGGACCUCUACAACGCGGUGGAGAAAAACGGCGAGGCGCUGGACGGAUCCCUCGACAAACUGUACAGUUCCUUCAACGAAGAACAGAAGAACCUGGAUAAGCAGUAUGGAGAACUUUCUACCAAGGCCGAACGGGCGUUGUGCCCUGCUGCUGGGGCCGCUGCGCCGGCAGGUGCCCAGGUCAAGGCCCGUUUCAAGCCUGCACGCAAGCCCGUUGCGCGCCUUCGCAAGUUCCAUUAG